CUGAACGCUUUGACGGCAGACAAACGGAGACACUAACGACGAUAACAGCAAAAGUUCUCUCUCUCUCUCUCACAUUCUCUGCAACCGUCUGAAACACUUUUUGUCUUCUCUGCAGUUUUGGCGAUAUUUCUCAAAAAGCUUAUCGAAGAGGCUUUCCGCCAUUAAUUAUCUCUAUCUCUAUCUCUCUCCAUCUCUUUCUCCUUCGCUGUCAGCGACAUGCUUCAGAGCUUACGCCUUCAAUCCUCCAUUAAUGCAAACCCUAACCCCAACUCCACCAUGAGACCAAAGCGAAGUGAUCGGGAAUCCCAUGCCGGAGACUCCACCGGAGAUAACGAAGAUAACCAAGCCCGUAAGCGUUUCAAUUUCGGCAGGAACCUCUCCGGAGAAGCCACAGUUUCGGGUGAGAAAUCAGUAAGACACGAAGACGAAGCGGAAGAAGAAAUCGUCAUCGGAGGUGAGUCCUCCGGUCUCCGUCUCUUGGGGCUUCUACUCCAGUGCGCCGAGGCUGUAUCCAUGGACAACCUCGACGAAGCCAGCGGUCUCCUCCCUGAAAUCUCGGAACUUGCUUCUCCUUUUGGUUCAUCACCGGAACGAGUCGCGGCAUACUUCGCCGAAGCUCUGCAAGCUCGAAUCAUCAGUUCUUGCCUCGGUAUGUACUCUCCUCUCAACAUCAAAACCCUAACCUUGGCUCAGAACCAGAGAAUCUGUAGCGCGCUUCAAUCUUACAAUUCCAUUAGCCCUUUGAUCAAAUUCUCCCAUUUCACUGCGAAUCAAGCCAUCUUCCAAGCUCUGGAAGCCGAAGAUCGAGUCCACGUGAUCGAUCUCGAUAUAAUGCAGGGCCUUCAAUGGCCAGGACUGUUCCACAUCCUCGCCUCGAGAUCGAGAAAGAUCCGUUCCAUGCGAAUCACCGGCGUCGGGUCGUCGAUCGAGCUCCUGGAGGCCACCGGACGGCGACUCUCCGACUUCGCCAACUCCCUGGGUCUACCGUUCGAGUUCCACGCGUUGGAAGGGAAGGUGGGGAACAUAACCGAUCUGAGUCGACUCGCUCCGAGGCAACACGAGGCUACGGUGGUGCACUGGAUGCACCAUUGUCUGUACGACAUCACGGGGUCGGAUCUGGGGACGUUGAGGCUGCUUAAUCUGUUGAAGCCCAAGUUAAUCACGAUCGUCGAACAAGAUCUCAGCCACAGCGGGAGGUUCUUGGGGAGGUUCGUCGAGGCCUUGCAUUACUACUCGGCGUUGUUUGAUGCGUUGGGCGAUGGCUUGGGUGGGGACAGCGUGGAGCGGCAUCAGGUGGAGCAGCAGCUCUUCGGUAGCGAGAUCAGGAACAUCGUGGCCGUUGGUGGGCCCAAGAGGACGGGUGAGGUGAAGGUCGAGAGAUGGGCCGAUGAGUUGAGGAGAAUCGGUUUUAGACCCGUCUCACUCGGUGGAAACCCAGCGGCUCAAGCGAGUUUACUACUCGGCAUGUUCCCUUGGAAGGGAUACACCUUGGUAGAGGAGAGUGGGUGUUUGAAGUUAGGAUGGAAGGAUCUCUCUUUACUCACUGCUUCCGCGUGGCAGCCGUCCGAUCAAUCGCUAUGAAUUGGGGGUGGGGUCAUGGGUUCUGAUUGGAGAGUUGUUCCAAACCAACGGCCCUGAUUGACGCGAUCUAUCAAUUCAAAAACAUCGAAACAUAUUUGUCGUGUACAAAAAUGUAUUCAUCACUUGAAUUUGGGUUUGAUCAAAAUCUAAUUAUAUUGGUUUGGGCCUUGUAUUGAUGGUGAUGAUGGGACUGAAGUGGAAAUUUCAAAUUUGUGUUGUGGAAUGAGAAACACUAGAUCAGAUCUGCUUGAGCUUUGUCAAACUGAGAGUGAGAGAGGAGGACCAUGUCUCCUCAAUGGGGACACUUUUUAGAGAUCUUGUGAGCUUAAAGGUUCCCUUAAACCUUUUUUAUGCACCCUUUUAGAAAGCUUUGUUUCGAUCCUGUAUGUUGUGAUGUUUCUUUUUAAUUAACUCGUUUUGACCUUCGGGGUUAAAGUUAAAA